AAUAUUUACAAGAAAUCAAUUCAUUUUGUGGUUCAACUUGCAGAGAAUUAUUUAAAACAUUCGAGCAUUCACAAAGUAAAAAAUGUAAGCUGACUGUAACUUGUGAGGGCUCUCUGUAAAGAUUGUGUCCUUUGUUCUGAGCUUGUUUUUCUCUCUUUUUUUUCAUUGUUUUGAGCUUAUUUAUUAAAUGUUAAGCUUUUCCCAUCAAACAUGGUGCUCUGUAUUAUGUAUCCUUUGCCACCAGUUCUUGACACUUUCAAAUGCACAUCAAUGUAGUUUUGAUUGAUGACAUUUUUCAAUUUGUAAAAAGUAUUAUGUGAAUAUCAAAUAAAUAAAUAAAUAAAUAAACGAAUAAAUAAAUAAACGAAAAAAUAAUUAAGAUGUGUUAAAAUGUAUUUGAAAGGCUUUUCAAGCAAGGCUGCAUAGGAAAGCUACAGUGGGGAAAAUUAGAACUAAUGUUGUUUGCUUGAAAAAAUAUAUAUUCUUAGAGGAAAAAUAUUUAUUUUUUAAAAAAGCAAAUAAAAGCAAAAAAAAGGAAAAGAAAAGCAAUAGAAGAAAAGAAAAGAAUAUUAUUGGAUCCAGAUAACGUCAUCUCCCAGAAUGCUUUGGGGCGCUAAGCGGAUAUACAAUAAUGAGGUCGGAGUUCAAUGUGGGGGUUUCAAUUUUCCAAACUUCUGUCGCCAUGUGGCUAUGGUUUACACGCAUUAUUUGCUGUCGCUAUAGAAUAAUUUAGCGUUUGUCAGUCGUAUGGUUGUUAGUUUUAAAUCAAUAAAUGAAUAAAUAAUGGACGCGGGUUCAUCAAAGCACGAACUGACGCGACUGAUCUACCGACACCUGAAGGAGCAUGGCUUCAGCUCAGCAGCAGAAGAGCUCCAGAGGCACAGCCCACAGGAGGACACAGAUACGUCCGUGUCCUUACUGGACAUCUACAAAGCAUGGUUCAGAAAGUCCAAAAAGAAGUCAAACUCUGCCAAACGCUCCACUUCAAAAAAGAAAAAAGGAGCUCCAGACAAAACCUCACCACAAAAGAAGACUGGCAGUCCUGCAAAAAAGACGGUUAAAGCAAAAAAGAAGAAAGGUGAAGGAAAAGCUACGAAAGAUGGCAGCCUCUCAAAGAAAUCAAAGUCUGGCUCUGUGGGUGAAGCCGGCGGUGACAAGGGUUCGGACUCUGACAGCAGUCUGGAUGUAGAGAAGUGGAAAAAGCUGGUCCUGCAGAUGACAGAGGCUGAUUUAGCCAAGAUGGAGCUCAUCAACACUUUGGACUCCUCCAAACCAAAGAAUAAGAGAAUCAGAAAACCCAGAGCCAAGCCUCCGGCAAAAACCAACACUCCCAGUGAUCAGAAUCUGGACACGAAGGAACAAACCACAGUGACACCAACGAAGAGAAGCACACCAAGGAAGAGAAAAUCUGCAGGUGUGUCCUCCUCUGAAACACUGAAGGAAAAGGAGAUCUGUGAUGCUGCUGCGGAGGAGAAGGAGGUCGGAGCUAAUGCACUUUCACCAUCCAAACAAGCUGAAGAGAAGGUGGACACACCUGCAGAAACCGCAGCAGAGCCCGGGACAAAGAAAAAAGGAAAAUCGAGUGAAACCAAGGAAAAAAAGGAGCAGGAGAGCGAUGGAGGACUCAAGAAAGAAUCUGUGGAGGAAAAUGAAAAAAGUAAAGUAACAAAUGUAGAGACUGAAUAUGAUCUCACAGCAGUUAAGGCUGGGAAUGAAAAUGUUUUGGAGUCUAGUUUGAAAGAAAAGAAAACCAAAAAGAGGAAAAAAGAAACAAACGAGCCUUUAGCUGAUGAAGGGGAAGAAAAGAGGGUCAAAAAGAAGAAGAAGAAGAAGAAGAGAGUUGAAAACGAGGGACAUUCUGAACACCCCACUGAAGAAAUAAACGAAAGUGCUGAGCCGGGCUUACAAAAUGAAAUCAUAGUCGAUGGUGAGUCUGAGCAAUGUGUUGAAAACAAAAAAGUGAAGAAGAAAAAGAAAUUAGUUGACGCAGAAAUCAGUUCAGAUCCCCCGGUUUUAGAAAACACAGAGCAAAAUGUUCAAAGCAAAAAAGUAAAGAAGAAAAAAAGAGCAGUCAAUACUGAGAUCAGCUCAGAUAAUCCAGUUACUGAACAUUUAGAAGAUCAGGCUGGAAAUUCUGAAGAGAAGAAGUUAAAGAAAAAGAAAAACAAGACGGUUGAAAAUGAGGAAAACCCAGAACAUGUAGUUAAAGAGAAGAAGGCAAAGAAGAAGAAACGUGAGGAUAACGAGAGCUCUGAGAUUCCUGAAGAGACGAUAAAGAAACCAAAAAAGCUUAAAAAACACACUGAUAAUGAGACGUCAGAGCGAGCAAAUGAAGACGACGACACAUCAGAAGUGAAAGAAAUGAUCUCAGAAGAAACGUCUGCUGCCAGCCUGGAGACAACUCCUCAAAAAAAGAAGAAAAAGAAAAACAAAGAGGAGGUCCACAGUCCUUCAGCAGCAGAAGAUACACAAACAUCCGUUAACACCCUCAAAAAGAAAAGAAAAUCAAGGAGCAGUGAACAAGAGGUCCCUAUUGCUGAGCAACCAUGAUGCCACUGUCCUUUUAUCCUCAUGUUUUGAUCCUGUAUAUACCAUUGAACUUUUUUAUUUUAAAAUCAACUUUUUUGGAUGUUUUAAAUUGUACAUUUUCUGUCAGAUGUUUUCUAUGGUACCUGUGGUUUUAGUGGACGUACAGCAAGAAGAUCUGCUGGUUUAUGAGGUUGCUCAGAUUGGAGUCUGUGGGCUCAGUGUAAAGGGUUUUUAUAGCUAUUAAAAUGAAUAUUUUGGUUUUUAUUGCUUA